UCACUAUGUUGUUCAUUCUGAUCACAGCAGUGCUGUUGAGUCUCUAGGCUAGCACAGCUUACGCUAGCUUGGCAAUAGCUCUCGCAUGAAUUAGCUCGUUUCUAUUUACGCUACGGUCGAACUAAAUAUAUUUUUUUUAAAGAAUGUCGAAGGAGUCUCCCCGUGAGCCGGAGCAGCUCCGCAAGCUCUUCAUUGGUGGGCUGAGCUUCGAGACUACCGACGAGAGUUUGCGGACCCAUUUUGAAAGAUGGGGAUCCCUCACAGAUUGUGUGGUAAUGAAAGAUCCAGUCACAAAGAGAUCGAGGGGCUUUGGCUUUGUCACUUACAGCUCUGUGGAUGAAGUUGAUGCAUCAAUGGAGGCUCGUCCUCAUAAGGUUGAUGGCCGCCAAGUGGAGCCCAAGAGAGCGGUGUCCAGAGAGGAUUCCUCAAGGCCAGGUGCACACACCACUGUGAAGAAGAUCUUUGUGGGUGGCAUCAAGGAGGACACAGAGGAGCAUCACCUUAGGGACUACUUUGAUCAAUUUGGCAAGAUCGAAGUCAUCGACAUCAUGACUGAUAGGACCAGCGGGAAGAAGAGGGGGUUUGCCUUUGUUACAUUUGAUGAUCAUGAUGCAGUCGAUAGGAUUGUCAUCCAGAAGUAUCAUACAGUGAAUGGUCACAACUGUGAAGUGAGGAAGGCUUUGUCAAAGGAAGACAUGAACCGGUCCGGGCCAAGAGGUGGAAACUUUGGUAGAGGUGGCGGAUAUGGAGGUGGUUUCGGUGGAGGGAGAGGAGGAGGUGGAGGAUAUGGUGAUAACGAUGGAUACAAUAACUAUGGAGGCAAUGGUGGCGGCUAUGGUGGAGGUCCCGGCGGGUAUGGUGGUGGCAACCGGGGCUAUGGCGGAGGCGGCGGCGGUGGUUAUGGUAACCAGGGUGGCAGCUAUGGAGGAGGAGGAGGAUACGACAACUACAACAAUGGAGGUGGUGGUGGUGGUGGAAGCUACAGAGGUGGUAACUACGGAGCUAGUAGUGGUGGUGGGAGCAGCAGUGGAAGUGGUGGUGGUGGUGGUGGUGGAGACUACAAUGACUUUGGCAAUUACAACAGCCAGUCGUCCUCCAGCUACGGCCCAAUGAAAGGAGGCAGCGGCUAUAGUGGCGGCAGUGGAGGGGGCCGGAGCAGCAACCCAUAUGGUGGUGGUGGUGGUGUUGGUGGUGGUGGUGGUUACGGAGGAGGCUCCGGUGGUGGAUAUGGAGGGGGCUCCGGAGGUCGAAGGUUCUAGGUUCUGAGGCUACAGUACUUAGGAGAGGAGAGCCAGAGAGGUGACAGGGAAAGGAAGCAGCAGGUUUACCCCCUAGAUCUGCUCAGCCAAGCACAGUUGUGGCAGGUUUACAUCUGCCACAUGAAGAGAAAUGUACAGUAGAAAAGGAAAAAUCAUGUGGAGAGGGAGGGAGGGGAAUGGGUGGGUCCUUUUCAAACCGUUCUUGUCAAAUGCUUCCCAGCAGGAUUAUAUGAUUUUGUAGUUUUGCUUUUUUUGUCUUUGAAGUGUAAAGCAUUCCACUAAGGUUUUAUGUAGGUAUUUAGAUUUUUCCCCGCACCUAUAGGGUGUUUUUAAGAUGUAACCGCCACCAAAUCAAGAUUAAAUAAACCGCUUUUCAGUUUUGUUUUUUUACAUUGUGUAUUUUGAUUGAUGGGUUCCUGUUGAUUGUGUUACAUGAGAUGAGUAGUCCUCAACAGAUGAGUAGAUGGUAUGAAGUGUAAUUGGAAUAUCCUCAGAGUACUUGCGUUAUGUUCCAUAUUCAGUAUCAAAGCAUGUCAUUGUUUAGAAAAGUGAAUUUUUGUUUAGAUAGUUUACCUCAAUGCCUUUGGUGAAAAUACCCUGCUUGCAUACAGAGGUCAAAGGCCUUUGUGCUUCUGGGCCGCCGGGCCGGUUUCUCCCCUAAAGUUUAGCAUUGUUGCCACUGGACAAAAUAAAAGUUUUGCUUAAUGGCUUUUC